AUGAACGUAAUGGCCACUCAAAUUAUUACUAUUGGAAAAAUUGCUAGAAAAGAUAUUUCAAUUGGAGAAUUUAUUCCCGAGGAAAAUGCAGUGAAAACUAUUCAAAUGAAAGGUAAAAUUGGCUCUGAUAUGGGAUUUACUAUCCGAAAAGAAAAUCUUUGCGAGCGAAUACGAAAGAAUCCAACUGUUUAUGUUGAGGGUCUCGAUGAAAAACUGAUCAUUAGACAAGAUUCAGAAAAUGCUUUUCGUUUCUUGCAUAUUGAAGAAGCCCUCUAUUUAAUAGAUGUUGGAUCUCUUAUUUUAAUUGUUGAGAAAGAACCCUAUCAAUUGUGCCAUUUGGAAAUUCAGGAAAAAAAGUUAUUGAGGCUCGUAAUCACUUCAAAGCAACAAAACAAAGCUAAUUCUCGAGUAUUGUGGAGUACGUUUGAAUGGUUUUCACAGCAAACAGCGAACGACGAGUUUCAUGAUGCUAUUUCACCUCUCAUUUACAAUCUUGAAUUGAAGGAUGAACAAUUAUUGGAACAACAACAAUUAUUUAACACUCUGAAUAUUAUCAAGUGUGGAUUAUGCAGUUAUUCUUCUCCUAUGCGCGAUGUGAUGAACACAACAACAUCAGCAGACUCCUCUUCAUCAACCGAUAUGAUGGAUUUUUCAACACACAGCACUGAGGGCACUAUAAAAGCAUUUGAACCAAUCAUGUUCGACGUAUGGAAACCUGGUGUCAGCCUUAAUGACUCUCCUUCCAUGAUUAUUAUUGUAACUUCUUUUUCCAACAGCACUGUUCCUACCAUUAAUGAUAUUUUCAAAGUGAGCGAACAAGGUGCACGCUUCAACCAAAUUCCAAUUUUCCAUUGUGUGAUUGGUGAAAGUGGCUCUGUGAUGUUUAUGAAUUUAUGUCCAUGCGAAAUUGAGAAUUUGUUACUGACACCUCUAAUGCCCUCUCAAGCAACAAGUGACACCACUACGACGAUGACGACAAUGUUACCCAGUGAUCACACGGACCAAUAUAAUCGAGAAUGA